GCCAAGGCUGGGAACCUGGUCCCUUGGUCCCUUGGUCCCUUGGUCCCUUGGUGUCAAAGGUCAGAGAGGUGGAGGUAGUGAGUUCCCAGUGUUGGGUGUAAGCAUCAGCUUCGUGAGGGGAAGGGGCUUCUGGGGCCAAGGAGACACAGUGUGACAGCCCAUGGCUGGGAAGGGGCUUUGGUCAUUUCCUGGAGAGAAGCCAAAUAUGCAGAGGUGGCCACAGGAAGUGUGUGUGGGGCAUCAGCAGGGAGCUUCCUCCCAGGGGACAAAGCUGGUCUUGCCCCGGGGCCUGGAGAGCUGUGCGGCUGCAGUAGGGCAUGGGGGCAGUGCUGGCUAAAAUCCAGCAGGCCUAACAGCGCUGAUGGGUGCAGCCCUGGGUCUCACUUCGGCCUCAGGACCUGGGAGGGUAGAAAGCAGGAAGUGCUGGCUAGCUGGGGCUGCCCAGGGACCCGGCAACAGGAAGUCUCCGGAGGGGAGGAAGCCUGGCGGCCACAGGCCCCAGAUGCAGCCGGCGGCUGUCAGCAGGAGGGAGCUGUGGACGCAGCUGCCUGGGCAGCACCCAGGACAAUGCCGGGGCAUCAGGCCUUCCCCGCCUGGGGGACGUGGGCUGUAGGUCCUCCCUGUGGCCCCUGAGCCACAUGGCCUCCCUGGGCCUCAGGACACCUGCCCCCAGCCCAUCGACAGACAGGAGGAGAACCAUGUGCUGGGUCAGUGCUCUCAGCUUCAUGGCGGCCGAGGAGAUGCACUGGCCGGCCCCCAUGAAGGCCAUUGGUGCCCAGAACUUGCUAACCAUGCCCGGGGGCGUGGCCAAGGCUGGCUACCUGCACAAGAAGGGUGGCACCCAGCUGCAGUUGCUGAGAUGGCCCCUGCGCUUUGUCAUCAUCCAUAAGCGAUGCGUCUACUACUUCAAGAGCAGCACGUCCGCCUCCCCGCAGGGUGCCUUCUCGCUGAACGGCUAUAACCGGGUGAUGCGGGCGGCUGAGGAGACGACGUCCAACAAUGUCUUCCCCUUCAAGAUUGUCCACAUCAGCAAGAAGCACCGCACCUGGUUCUUCUCCGCCUCCUCUGAGGAUGAGCGCAAGGGCUGGAUGGCCUUGCUGCGCAGGGAGAUCGGCCACUUCCACGAGAAGAAGGACUUGCCCACAGACGCCAGUGACUCCAGCUCAGACACAGACAGCUUCUACGGUGCAGUCGAGCGGCCUGUGGACAUCAGCCUCUCUCCAUACCCCACAGACAAUGAAGACUAUGAGCAUGAGGACGAGGACGACUCAUACAUGGAGCCGGACUCCCCUGAGCCCGUGGAGCCCGAAGACACUUUGACCCACCCGCCGGCCUACCCCCCGCCUCCUGUGCCCACACCCAGGAAGCCAGUCUUCUCCGACAUGCCCCGUGCUCACUCCUUUGCCUCCAAGGGCCCGAGCCCUCUGCUGCCACCCCCGCCCCCGAAGCGUGGCCUCCCCGAUGCAAGCCUGGCUCCCGAGGACUCCAAGAGGGACGUGCUGGGCCCAAGGCGGCCCGAGCCUGGCCUCAGAGUGCCCACGGCCUCCCGGAGGAUGAGCGACCCCCCACUGGGCAACCUGCCAACCAUGCCCAACCUCCGGAAACCCCCUUGCUUCCGGGAGAGCCCCAGCCCCAGCCCAGAGCCCCGGGUUCCUGGCCAUGGGGCUGGCUCUGCCUCCAGCUCUGCUGGCGUGGCCACUGCCACCUCCAGGAACUGUGACAAGCUCAAGUCCUUCCAUCUGUCCCCUCGGGGGCCACCCACACCCGAGCCCCCGCCGGUGCCGGCCAACAAGCCCAAGUUCUUGAUGACUGAAGAGGCCCCCCCAAGGGAGGCAGCCAGGCCUGGACUCUUUGUACCCCCUGUGGCCCCCAGGCCUCCUGUACUGAAGCUGCCCAUGCCCGAGGCCACAGUCCGGCCCCCCGUCCUGCCCAGGCCAGAGAAGCCACCCCUCCCCCACCUCCAGCGGUCACCCCCUGAUGGGCAGAGUUUCCGGAACUUCUCCUUCGAGAAGCCCCGACGACUCUCGAAGCCUGAGGACACGAGUGCAGAGGGUUCUGACGAUGACUAUGAGAAGGUGCCCCUGCCCAGCUCUGUCUUUAUCAAUACCACGGAAUCCUACGAAGUGGAAAGGCUGUUCAAAGCCACAAGCCCCCAGGGAGAGCCCCAGGAUGGACUCUACUGCAUCCGGGAUUCCUCCACCAAGUCAGGGAAGGUUCUGGUCGUGUGGGAUGAAAGCUCCAACAAAGUGAGGAACUACCGCAUCUUUGAGAAGGACUCUAGGUUUUACCUGGAGGGCGAGGUGCUGUUUGUGAGCGUGGGCAGCCUGGUGGAGCAUUACCACACCCACGUGCUGCCCAGCCACCAGAGCCUGCGACUGCAGCGCCCCUACGGCUACACAAGGCCCAGGUGACGCCCGUCAUACAUGCUUCUGGGCAGAGACGACCACUGGGGCUGUGACCCCGGGCCAUGCAGACGGGAUGGGCUCGCAUGAGAGCAUGAUCUGGAGUGAGCGCCAUGCUCUGAUCCAGGGCCUUGUAGAAUCUGCACGGCCAGGCCCCACUCAGCAGGCUGGGUCCCUGGGGCUAGGCCAGGCUCUGGUCUCCAGAGGAUCGGGGGGCUCUCCUGUCCCACGCAGACCACCCUGUCCAACCUUCCAGGAGCCCAGGGUCCCAGGAACGAGCCCCGCUUGGGCUUUGUGGACAAGAAUUCUGGUCACGUCCACCCCUCCCCACUUGCCCAGCACACUAACCCGGCACUGGGUUGGGAGCUGGGCAGGGCUGGGGCAUUUGGGGUUAGGGCAGGGGCUGGCCCCCCAGGACCGACACCCCCAGGAACGCUAAGACACAGGCUCCAGGAUGGGCCAUUGAUGUACAAUAAAGCACAGAUGACCUUUC